AUGCGGCAGGCGCCGGCAACCGGUUCGGGCCUAGGCCUAGGCCGCUUGCUCCAACGCCUCGGUGACUACACUGGCGCGCUGGCGCGGAGGGAGACUCUUGGCCCUGAGCACUUGUUGGUAGCAAAGUCGCUAUACAACCUCGGGCGGCUGCUGCAGGACAGGGGCGAGCAAGGCGCCGCCAGUGACUUACUCAAACGCUCGUUCAACAUCCGCUUGGCGCGCUUCUAG